AGACAACAAAAAUAAAUUUGUAGACAACAAGCAGUGAGCAUGAUGGCGGCGUCGCUGCUGCGCCGGGACAAGAAAGCUACUGCUACCCAUUUGAAAGCAGACCUUACUCAGCCUGACAACAGCUCCGGCCUCCGACAGCUUCAUGAGCUACUUGAUAGUGUCCUAAAUCCCGAGAAGACUGCUGCGGACACCGAGGCUCUGGACUGGUGCAAAUGUCUGAUCGCAGGAGGCGAAGGAUUCGAGGAGUUCUGCAGAACGGUCCGCUCCUAUGACAACGCUACCUUGUGCGGCUUGGUUUGGACGGCUAAUUUUGUGGCAUAUCGAUGCCGGACGUGUGGCAUCUCACCUUGUAUGUCACUGUGUGCCGAAUGUUUCAACAAUGGAGAACACACUGGACAUGAUUUUAAUAUGUUUAGAAGCCAAGCUGGUGGGGCCUGUGACUGUGGAGACAGUAAUGUCAUGCGAGAGAGUGGAUUUUGCUUCCGGCAUCGAUUAAGAACAGGGGAGAAUGUACCUACAAUACCCCGAGAUCUUCUCUUAAUGUCUGAGAUGGUUCUUCCUCGGUUUAUUCUGUGUAUUAUACAGUAUCUGAGGGAUGGAUACACAGAAGCAGACAAUUCUAGUGAGCGAGAUCUACAGAAAGUGCUGCAGCAGCUGGAGCCACAGAUCUCUUUUCUGGAGGAGCUUACAAAGAUGGGAGGAGCAAUGAGAACUGUUUUAACAAAGAUAUUAACCAAUCAGCAGACAUUCAAAGAAUUGAGCAUGGGCCAAGAGGAUAAUCAUUAUGCAAAGAAGAACUAUGAAAAGUAUUUGUCAGCACUUAAAAAUUCAGGUUUAGUGUCUGUGGAAGAGAAAAGCCAAGGUGCAACAGCUGAUGGUGUGGCUGGGGCUGAAGGUGGUGCAGGGGCAAUGUGUUUAUUAGGAGGCUCUGUACCUGGUAGUCCAAAUGAAUCUGGUAAAGAUGAAGAUCCAGAUGCUGGACAAUCUGUAGGGCAGAGGAAGAGAGUUAAACUAAGUAGCAGUACCAAAGAUCCCUGUAUAAUUGAAUCUUUGAAGCAUAAAUGCUUUUUGGAAGAGUUGCUAUUCUGGACUAUAAAAUACGAGUUUCCCCAAAAGAUGGUGACUUUUUUACUAAAUAUGUUGCCAGAUCAAGAUUACAAGAUCACAUUUACAAAAACAUUUGUACAACAUUAUGCAUUUAUUAUGAAAACACUGAUGAAAAGCCAUGAGUCUGAUACCAUGUCCAACCGAAUUGUACAUAUCAGCGUGCAACUGUUUAGCAACGAGGAACUUGCCCGACAUGUGACUGAGGAGUGUCAGCUAUUGGACAUUAUGGUCACAGUGCUUCUCUACAUGAUGGAAAGCUGCCUUAUUAAAAGUGAACUUCAGGAUGAAGAAAACAAUCGCCAUGUUGUAGUGAACUGCAGUGAAGCCCUACUGAAAAACAACACUUACUGGCCAUUAGUUAGUGAUUUUAUCAACAUCCUUUCACACCAAAGUGUUGCAAAAAAGUUUCUGGAGGACCAUUCCUUGCUGAUGUUGUGGAUGAGUUUUGUGUCAUUUUUCCAAGGGAUGAAUCUUAAUAAGCGAGAGUUAAAUGAACAUGUGGAGUUUGAGUCUCAGACAUACUAUGCAGCAUUUGCAGCAGAACUUGAAGCCUGUGCACAACCAAUGUGGGGUCUUCUAACUCACUGCAAAGUAAAAGACACACAAGAAUACACAAAAACUGUGGUUCGAUACUGUUUGGAGACUUUACAGAUCUGGUUUGAUGCCAUUGGAUUCAUUGAUGAACCUGCCCCUAAUCAAGUGACAUUUCACUUGCCAUUGCACAGAUACUAUGCUAUGUUUCUUAGCAAGGCUGUGAAAUGCCAGGAGUUGGACUUGGACAGCCUCCUACCUGACCAAGAGAUGCUUAUGAAAAUCAUGGUGCAUCCUCUUCAAAUACAGGCAUGUCUCUCAGAGAUUCAUAGCAAUAUGUGGGUCAGGAAUGGUCUUCAGAUCAAGGGACAGGCUAUGACCUAUGUGCAGUCACACUUCUGCAACUCGAUGAUUGACCCAGACAUAUACCUUCUCCAGGUCUGUGCAUCAAGACUUGAUCCUGAUUACUUCAUCUCAAGUGUCUUUGAAAGGUUUAAAGUGGUUGACCUGUUAACCAUGGCAUCACAGCAUCAGAAUGCUGUGUUAGACUCUGAACAAGAAAGACCAAUGCUUGAAGGAGCCUUGACAUUCUUGGUCAUUUUGACUAGUCUUCGCAUUCAUUUGGGAAUGUCAGAUGAUGAAAUUCUCCGGGCUGAGAUGGUCUCCCAGUUGUGUAUGAAUGACCGCACACACAGUGCAUUGCUAGACCUUAUACCUGAAAAUCCAAAUCCAAAGAGUGGGAAUGUAUCAGGAGCCUGUAGCUUUGAGGAAAUGCUUUCAGCUGUUGCUGACUUUAAAGCACCGGUGUUUGAGCCAGGAGGUUCAAUGCAACAAGGCAUGUACACACCUAAAGCUGAAGUGUGGGAGAAGGAGUUUGACCCCAUUAUGGUUGUUUUAAGAACAGUCUAUCGGCGAGAUGUUCAGUCUGCCAUGGACAGAUACGCUGCAUUCUUGAAGCAGUCUGGCAUUCACACUGGGAAUCCAUGGCCUCCUUACAAAGAGAGGACUCCACUGCACCCAUGUUACAAAGGCCUCAUAAGGCUGUUGCAUUGCAAGACACUGCACAUUGUGAUAUUCACACUUCUCUACAAGAUCUGGAUGGAUCAUCAAAACAUGUCAGAGCAUGUGCUCUGUAUGGUCUUGUACCUGAUUGAACUUGGUUUGGACAACCAGGUUCAGGACAUGAAGCCUGAUGAGGAGCCCUGCAUUGAGGAGCACUGUCAUGAUAGCUGGUUCCCCGGAACCAACCUUCUUUCCAAUCUGCACCAUGUCAUUAACUUUGUGAGGGUGCGGGUUCCUGAGACGGCACCUGAAGUUAAGAAAGAGGCUCCAGCUAGUACCAGCUCAGAAGCAUCUUCUUAUGGGCAGAACUCAAGGCGUCUGUCAGGGAAUUGGAGAGAGAAUGUUCGUGAAGCUCAAGUGUUCAGCCUCGUGGCAGAGCGCAGAAGGAAAUUUCAGGAGAUAAUCAACCGAAGCAACACUGAAGCUGCCCAGGUCGUCCGGCCUAAAAGUUCUUCAACACGCUGGGUUCCACCAGGAACACCUCCGCAGUUGGUGACUGAGAUCCUGGAGAUUCGAGAAAGCAUGUUGUCCCUCCUAAUCAAGCUCCACCAGAAACUGUCAUCCAAGCAGAACUCACUGUCAGCUUCUUGGCUGGAGGAUAUGGAGACGGGCCGGCAUGCUCAUGGAGAUGGCAUCACAGCCAUUGAACGCAUCCUUACCAAGGCAGCAACACGUAGCUGCCAAAUCAAGCGCAGUAUUCAAGACAUCUGUGGAAAAGUCUAUCCUCCAGUGCCACCAAAGAAGACUAGUCCCACUGACAAAAAAACUAUGGAAAAAGAAGAAAGGCGGCAGAGAGCCAGGGAAAGACAGCAAAAACUGCUAGCAGAAUUUGCCUCCAGGCAGAAGAGUUUCAUGGAGACAGCCAUGGAUGUUGAAUUACCAGACACAGAAGCAACUAUGGAUUUGGGACCAGCUGAAGUAAUGGAAUCUGAAGUGCUUUAUGACUGUGUAAUCUGUGGCCAGAGUGGCCCUUCAACCGAGGACCGACCAACUGGCCUGGUCGUUCUUCUCCAGGCAUCUUCUGUCCUUGGCCAUCGAAGCAAAAGCAAAGAUGCUAAAAAGCUCCCUACUUCAGAUGAAGAGCACAUUUACCCUUCAGACACAUGUGGUGUGGCUCAUGACGUCAGAUUGACACUAAUGCAGCGUUUCUUCAAAGAUAGUUCUUGUCUGCAGUCCGUGUCCAUUGGUUGGGAUGGUGGCGUGUAUGUUCAAACAUGUGGACACACUUUGCAUAUAGAUUGCCACAAGUCAUAUAUGGAAUCCUUAAGGAAUGACCAGGUUCUGCAGGGUUUCUCUGUUGAUAAAGGAGAGUUUACCUGCCCCCUCUGUCGACAGUUUGCCAACAGCGUUAUACCUUGUCGUCCAGGUCGUGGCACAGAGGCUGGGGCAUGGCACAGUCCCACCAACAAAAAGACUUGUGUGCUCGUGAAGGAAGUUGAGGAACUUCAGGAGAAAAUAAGCUUCUUUCCUACUGAGUCCAACUUGAGUAGAGAAAUGGAAUUGGUAAUCAAAGACAUCAAAAAUGCCACACAAAAGAAGUACAUGGACUAUGGCAAGAACCCAGGCUCUCCUGAUAACGACUUCCUCUUCAUGUACUCAGUAGCACGGACUAACUUGGAGCUGGAACUAGUGCACCGUGGAGGGAAUUUAUGUUCUGGUGGAGCCAGUGCUGCUGCUAAGCGUUCAUGUUUAAAUCAACUUUUCCAUGUUUUGGCAAUGCACAUGCGCCUGUACAGCAUUGAUUCAGCCUACAACCCCUGGACCAAGUUGACUCAGAUUCCACACAGCAGGCAGGCAGAUGGUUUUGAAGAAGAAAGACCUGAAGUCCCCAUGUUGUUCCGGGAUGUUCCUUCCUUGCUUAUUAUUUUCAUCCUGACUAUGCCCCAGCCUCUUCGAAAAGAGCACUUCACGUGUGUGGUAAAGAUGCUGUAUAACCUGCAGUUUACCCAGGCUUUGGCGGCUCUUUCAACCAAGUUCAGUUCAGAAGAAAGGCAAGCCUGGAGUUCAUCUGGAGCACUGAAAAGGAAAACUGCAAAUGGUGAUAAAACCUUUGAUGCAUUGCUGAGUCAUGUGAUCAGUGAGCUAUGUGAGGACAAGUGUGUCUACUCCAUGAAUGCUGAAGAAACGCCAAUGCUCAGCUCUAGUGUGUGGUCUCCACAGUCCAUAGAGUUUGGCCUUCAGCAGUUCUGCCUGCCCUUCCUUCGUCUGUCCUGCCUUCUGCAGCAUCACCUUUAUGGAGACAACCUCCCUGGUUGCCCGGAGCAAGAGGAGUUUGUGUCCUUGGCCACAUCUUUGGGGCUCUUCUCCACUGCCUCUCAGCCCUCCAGCUCUGUGCUCAGUGCCUCAUGUCUGGAGUGGCCUGUCAGUGCGUUUGACUUGGUCAGUCAAUGGUGCAGGGAGGUCACUGGCCUCUCACAGAUGCAGGCUGAGCAGUCUCUGACUCUGCUAGUCCAGGAUCCUGAGUGGGCAGCACCUCGUCUUCUGCAGUUGCCAGACAAUUAUAACGUGAUAUUUCAGUACUACCACAGAAAGACCUGUACUGUCUGCAAAAAGGUGCCAAAAGACCCCGCCCUCUGCCUUGUGUGUGGAGCAUUUGUGUGUCUCAAAGGAGUUUGCUGCAAACAGCAGGGUAUCUGUGAAUGUGUUUUGCACUCUCAACAUUGUGGCGCAGCCACUGGUAUUUUUCUGUUGAUAAAUGCCUCAGUCAUCAUCAUUAUUCGUGGGCAUCGUUUCUGCCUGUGGGGCUCUGUUUACCUCGACGCGCAUGGAGAGGAGGACCGGGAUUUACGCCGUGGAAAGCCUCUUUUCUUGUGUGAAGAGAGAUAUAGGGUGCUGGAACAGCAGUGGGUGUCUCACACCUUUGAUCACAUCAAUAAGCGAUGGGGGCCUCACUAUAAUGGACUAUAAGCUUUUAUACGUCUAUCAUAAAAUUCAAUCCAUCACCGAUUUAUUUCUGCUUCAUGUAUCAGCCUUGGUCAAAAUAUCUGGGAACUUAAUGAAAACAGACAGUAAGUGAGAGUGUUUCUGACACAGCCUUGGUGUAUGUGAAGUUCGGUGUACAGUCAUGUUUACCACGUGUGUGUAAUUUGUUGUGUGGUUUUCAAAUGGAAAACUUUUGCUUAAGUCAAGAAGCACAACUCUUUCCAUCAACUUAUUUAUUAAGGGAUGGGCUUGAAGCUGUCAUUUAUAUUUUAGGUUGACAAAAUAUAUCAAGUGCUGAAUAUGUCUAAAAGGUUUUACUACAUUUUGCACCAUUUAUGAUCUUUCAUAUCCCUUUUAUUUAUCAGAAAGUGUGCUGCUGUGUUGGCUUGAGUAAAGCUAAGCUUGAUCAACGUAGCAUUGGCAUUACAAUGUGCACUCAAUCUGCUGAAGAUGGGAGGCAGUAGAAGUCCAUCAACACUCGAGUUUUUUUGCAAGCACGAAAAUGCUCUCUAUGGGCCAAGUUGCAAUCCAUCCUCAGGAUUUUUUGUUUUUGGUUUCGCUGUUGAAAGUACAUUUUAGAUAUUUACAUAAUGCUGCUGCUCAUUGUUUGUGUAAUUUUAACUUUUGUGAAGAUUUAUUUUCUAAAGUUGUGCUUUGAAUUUGAAA